AUGGACUCACAAGCAUACCCAAAAUCCUUCAACCUUGCUAUUGUGGGCGGAGGCAUUGCUGGACUUACUCUUGCCAUCUCUCUUUUGAAACAUAAUAUACCAAUUACGAUCUAUGAAUCCCACGCGCAAUUCGGAGAAAUUGGCGCCGGGGUUGGGUUUGAGCCUCACAUGGUCCACAUCAUGGAGCUCAUCGACCCAAGGAUCAAGGAAGCCUUCCUCCGGCAUGCGAACAACGUUGUUACUGAUCCACCGAAAUGGUUCGAUGUCCGGGUUGGUGAUAAGACACAAGCAGAUGAGAAUGGCGUUGUGACGAAGCAAAACGGCAAGGACAUCAAACUUGGAGAAACAUUGUUUGUUAUGCCUGCGAAAAGAGGACCAAGAGGAGGCAUUCAUCGCGCGCAUUUUCUCGACGAACUCGUCAAAUUGAUCCCAUCAAACAUUGCACGCUUUGGAAAAAGGCUCAUUGAUGUUACCGAGGCGACUGAUGGCUCAGGCGAUACAGUUCUUCAUUUCUCCGAUGGUACAACAGCCCAGCACUCAGCAGUCUUGGGAUGUGAUGGCAUCAAGAGCCGAACAAGAGAGAUAGUGCUUGGCAAAGAGGAAGCGCGGCCUGUGUUUUCGGGGAAAUAUGCCUACCGGGGACUGAUCCCGAUGGCGGAGUCCGUCCAAAUGCUGGGUGAGGCGGCCCGCACACCGCAAAUGUAUUGUGGAUACAAAGGGCAUUUGCUGACAUUUCCCAUCGCCAACGGCAAAAUCAUGAAUGUGGUUGCGUUUAGCUCCCGAGAUGAAUGGCACCCUGCAGAUUGGGUUGUUAAGACUUCCCGAGAAGACAUGAUCGCAGAUUAUGCGGAUUGGACAGACAGCGUACAGAACAUCGUGGCCAGCAUGCAGAAUCCAGACAUCUGGGCACUGUUCAACCAUACGCCAGCUCGUACAUUCUUCCAAUCGAGCCCACGCAUAUGCCUUGUGGGAGAUGCGGCACACGCUUCGACACCUCACCAAGGCGCUGGUGCCGGUAUGUGCAUCGAGGAUUGUUACAUUCUCGGUGAAUUGCUUGCUGAGGCGAAUACCGUUCAAGAUGUUGAUAAAGCUUUUAAGGCGUACGAUGAGGUAAGGCGGCCACGGGCUUUGAAACUUGUGGAGACCAGCAGAGAAGCGGGCACUUUUUGGGAGUUCGAGACUCCAGAGAAAGACGAUUUGGGUGCGUUUGAAAGAAGAGCCGUGGAGAGAAUGAAGUGGAUAUGGGACCAUGAUAUGACAUCUGACCUCGAGAGGGCACGAGCUACUUUUCGAGGGUAA